UAGCUAUAUAGCUGAAUGAAGCUAUUCAAAGAAGGCAGAUAGAACUAUUUAAUUACUGUUUUUCUUUUUUUGAGCAGUAAUGCAGAUUAUGAUGUCAGAGUUUAAGAUAUGGCCUACAUCUUUUUCUGAAGAUCCAGUUUCAGAUGACGAAUCUACUGAAAAGGAGAAAACAUAUGAUAACUGUGACCCCACAAAUGAAAAAGAAGAAACUCCAGAGCAGAAAAUGUUGAAGGGGGAUCAAAUGGCUUAUUUGAGCCUUUUACAUAGUCAAAGUGGUGCUGAAAAGUUAAAAAACUUUACUGUUGAUGACAACCAAACAGAGAUUUUGGAAAGACACAUCAGUACUCAUUCAAGUAAAAAGUCUAAUGAAUGUAACAUCUGUGGAAAAAUACUAAGUCGCUCAAGUCAUUUACAAAGACACAUGAGGACACAUACGGGUGAUAAACCUUUUAAAUGUGAUUUGUGUCAGAAAGCAUUUUGUGAAAAAUCUAACUUAAAGAAACAUGUGAGGAUACAUACCAAUGAAAAACCAUAUGAUUGUGAUGUGUGUGGAAAGACAUUUCAUUACAAAGAAAGCUUAAAACAUCAUAUGUGGAUACACAAAUGUGAAAAGCCAUAUCAUUGUAAGAUGUGUGUGAUGGCCUUCCGUGAAAAAACAUCCUUGCAAAAUCACACGAGGAUGCAUAAAAUUUAUAAACUUCAUAAAUGUGAUGUGUGUGGGAAGGAAUUCAAACGAUCAGGUGAAUUACAGAAUCACGUGCGAAUACAUACAGGUGAUAAACCUUAUAAAUGUGAUGUUUGUGGAAAGGAUUUUCACCAGUCGGGACACUUACAGUUACACAUGAGGACACAUACAGGCGACACACCCUAUGAAUGUAGCGUAUGUGGGAAAGCAUUCAAGCAGUCAGCGCACUUACAGUAUCACCUCAGAAAGCAUACAGGGGAAAAACCUUAUGAAUGUUAUGUGUGUAGAAAAGCAUUCUCUGAUUCAAGUAGCUUACAGAUACACUUGAGGAUACAUACAGGUGAGAAACCUUAUAAAUGUGAUGUGUGUGGGAAGGCAUUCUGUGAUUCAACCAACUUACAGAAACACUCAAGGAUACAUACAGGUGAUAAACGGUAUCAGUGUGAUUUAUGUGGGAAGACAUUCCAUCGAUCAGAUCACCUACAGAUGCACAUGAUGAGGUCACAUACUGAAGACAAAUCUUAUCAAUGUGAUGUGUGUGGGAAGACAUUUAAUGUUGUACAAUCCCUUUAUUACCAUAUGAGGAUACAUACAGGGGAAGAUCUUAAUGAUUGUACUCUGUGUGGGAAAGCCUUCAGUCAAAAGAAAUCCUUGCAGAGACACAUGAGGACACAUACAAGUGAAAAGAAGGAAACAUUUGAUAUAAGUGUAUAUGGGAAGUUGGUUCGUUGCUUAGAUGAAGAUGCACACACAUGAAAAACAUUGGAAAUGUAAUCUGUAUAGAAGGCCUUUCAUAUAAAAAAAGUUAAGCAUUUACACAUGAGGACAUUACUGAUUUGAAACCUUAAAAAUAUUACAUAUAUCAGAAGGCAUUCAAUGAACAUAAAGGGACAUCUGAGGAUUCAUACUGUUAGUAAACCUUUUCAAUGUACAUGUAUUGUAUGCAGGGCAGCAUUCAACUAAUCAGACACAUAUGGACAGAUAGCCAUACAAGUGAUAAGAUAUAUGAAAGCAGACACAUGGUUGAUCAUUUUACUUACAAAGACAUAUGAUGGCGCAUGCUACAGUGUAGUUAAACACCUUAUGAAGAUGAAGCCUGUAAGUGGAAAAGAGGUCCAUCGGACAAGAAAAAGAGAAAUAAGAAAACAUAUCUGUAUUGGAGAAAAACCUUUUCUCACCUGAGCUGAAAGCUAGAAACACAUGAAGAUACAUACAGAUGAAAAAAAUGAAAAUAUGAUUUGUGCAGAAAAGCAUAUAUUUAAAAUUGAAAAUAUGAUUUGUGUAGAAAAGCAUUUAUUUAAAAUGGACACUUUGAAAAGAUGUGCAAACACUCAUAUUGAUGAAAUGAUUUGUUUCAAAAAACAUUCAGUGAAAAGCAGACAGACUAAAAGGGUUACUUGAA